AUGAUGGACCUAUAUGGACGUGCUGGAGUAUCAGUGGACAAGGAAGUGCAGAUUAAGAUGCUAUAUAUGCUCAAACGUCUCUCCUUACAACGAGAUGAUGUUAGGGCAGCAAUUGUGCAGCACCGUGUGCCAAGCAGCAUUUUUCAGAUGCUACUAGUACAUCCCGGGGACAUGUGGAACAUAGCAAGUGCUGUUAUCGCGAGGAUGGUAACAAAGGAGGACAUUUGCGGUGCUUUCCUCGACCUUGGAACACCUGGGAAACUCGUGCAGAUACUUGAUAACGAUCACCUGCGUUCGAGACUGGAUAGUACUGUGGAUGACUAUCCCCAUGCUAAUGUAAUGGCAGCACUCCAUGCCUUUUCUCGUUAUGACACCGCCAGAGAAUACAUGCUCUCCGUAUCAUUCCUGUGGGCCGUCAAGCAAAUAUUGGAUGCCUCACAUUGGAAAUUAAACAAAAUUGCGCUUGAAAUUUUUGAUCUCGUAAUACAGCAUGAUGACGACUUGUCGAGUCUUCGUCAGCUAAAUAUUAUUCCUCGUCUUGAAGCUCUGUAUCGAUACCCGCUAAGAAACUGCUACAACGCAUAA